AGGUAGCCAGCUUUCACUUCUCUUGAAGUCUUGCCUGCUCGUUGCAUUUGGGGCCAGCAGAGCAACCUGCAGAGGCUGAAAAUGGGUCCCCGACUUCCUGCCUUUUGUGGAGUCGGCCAAAGAUAACACUUUUGGUUUGGUUUCAGACAGCCCAGAAGCGGGCCGUUUCUCCUGUGAUUCAUACGUUCCACUUGCAGGUCAAAAGAUUGGCAUUGGUGAGACUGUAAAAUGGAUGUGCUUGCUUUGGACAUCCUUCUGUGCCCUUUGAAGUGCACAGAAGUGUUCUCACUGAUUUCAGUGGGAAAAGCAGUCUCUCUGGUGUGCUCGCUGAUGUGCCAAUUGGUAUUUCCUACUGAUUGGAAGGGAAAGGACGAGGGCCUGGGGUCUGAUUUAUGAAGACUAUGAAUGUUUGCAGACCAGGGCGUUUCGCACAUCACAUACAAUUUGCAGAUCAGUGACUUGGUAGUUUGUUUUAACUGGUCCAUCUAACAUCUUAACUCUGGUUAAAAAUGAAUGGAAAAGACAGCCUGUUAUGAAAUGAAAAUUGUGUGCUGUGAAACCAACAGUUACUCCUGUGGUAAUAAAUUUGGUCUGCAGAGAAAGAGAAAAUGAACUGAAAGCAGAACGUUGAAAUCAAAUUAUGGGAUAGGUUUUUUGACGUUGUGGAUGACCAUGAGGAUCGGCAUCUGUAGCAACCAGAGCCCAUCUCAGUCCUGCAGGGAGUCACUUUGUAAACGCAGUUUUCCUGCCAACGAAGUUUGUUUGCUUGGUGAUAAGAAACAAUGGUCAACUCGAUGUGCUACUUAAGCAUUUUAGUGCUUGAGAAGAGGAAUCUAGAUUUGUGCUAAACCUAUUUUCUUAGUCAAAUGCCCGCUUGGCAGCCUAUCUGGAAAGCUGGUAGCACUGUGGCAGAGUGAUUAUGAGGAUUGUUUUCAGCAGUCUCUGGUAAGUCUGCUUUUAAGAAAGUUCUUUCGUUAAGGAAAACGCAGGUCUUAUCUUCGGGAUUGGAAAGACUGCAUGAGAAAAAGGCACGGGCAUUGCUGGGUGCUCAGGGUCAUACUUUUCAAGGUGCCUGAAAAGCAGUGAUGGUUUUGGCUUUGAGAAAGACUACUGUUCAUCCACUAGAGUGAUAUUAGCUGCAAUUAACUGAUAUUCCAGUUACAUAUGAAGGACUCCAUUUUUGUUCUGCUAAGGAAAGCAUAGUUAUAUUGGUUUAAGUUUGUUUAUUCCACUUCCUACAUCUGGGGGUUGUUGUACUCUAAUACACACUCUUUUUCUUAUGGUAGCAAGACAUGUGCUUGCAGUGGGAUGGCACGAUCGGUGUGUGACCUCGCCCAGGCCUGAAGUUGUGCCCUCACUGUGUGCUGUGCCUUGGGGUGAAGCCAGAUGGUGUCUGACACUGGGUGAGCAGACUUCCACAGACAACGCACUCUAGGUUCCAUCCUUUUUUACUGGUGUUGCAAACAAGUUAUUCCUGUACUCUGCAGAAAGCCUCACGACCACAAAACCAGCAAUAAUUGUACAAAUGAUAAGCUUGUCUUCCUCCUCCUUUAUCCAGAUAUUCUGAGUGCGACAGACAGCAGAGAUGUGCAUUGCUGGAAUCCAGAGAGUUUCAUAAUGUGGCAGUCGCUUGCUGCGUAUGCCACUGCAUAAAUAAGACAACAUUUAUUUUAAGUACUGAGAAACAUUCUAAGUAGAAGAAAAAAGUGUUCAGGUGAAGCCAGUCCCAUUUGUUUACAAGUCUUGGUUUUGUUCUUCAUACAUAUUAAAUGCUUUUCAUUUGCAUUCUGAUUUUUUGAACCUUUCAAGUUCAUGCUUUCCUUCUUUUUUUUCUUUCUUUUUUUUUUUCUUUUCGUGCAACAAGAAAGUCUGGAUUGAGACCUUACUUUAAAAAGGAAAAUCUGGCUGAACGUCCUGUAUAACCAUGCAACCCCAGACAAAGGGUGUUUAAAAAAUACACUUUGAGAAAAUCGCUCAUCUUGAGAGCAGUUUUCAGCUCUGAGUUUAAGUAAUUUAAGUAAAUACUUCGUUGACAGUUUAAGAAGCUUUUAACAACACCUAUCUCUGUUUGCUUUUCAGGGAGGUCUCUCUUCUACUCUUCUGAACAUUUAGAGCUUGUUUCACCUCUGUAUGUGCUGAUGAAGUCAGAAAUGUGGUGUACCAGCAUGACUAACGUGUGUUGAAUAAUGCAUACAGAUGCUUUCAGAAAUGCAUGCACAGAUUUCAUGCAGUUGUUCCCUUAAGCUGCUGAGCAGUAGGGGGGGUGCAGAGCCGUCCUCAGGGCAGCAGGAGGAGGUGGGUUGGCAUCCAGGGAGGAGCAGAAAACCUCUGUGAUUCCCUGAGGAAAUCAUAAAUGCCUUCAAGGCCUUAAGCUUCGUAGCCUGGUGUUUAACCCUGUGCUUGUUGUUGGAAUGCUGUUAACAUAUAAGUGAUUUCUUAUAGUUCAGGCUGCUGAAUAUACUCGUUUUAAAUUCAUUGUUGUUUGUUGCAGUGCUGUUCUCAAGCUGUACACAUCAAGACAAGGAGGAGACAUCCUUCCUCAGCUCAAAGAUUCUGUCUCUCCCUGCUAUGGAUGCAAGUACGAGCGCCUGGCCAUACGUUCCCCAGGGUGCAGACAGCUUUCUGACCAGCUGCUCUCCCUGUUCUAUCCCUAGCAGUAACAUCCAGGGAAAGCAGAGGCCGACUGCUGUCCUGUGGCUGUGUAAGAGCCCCGUUCUGGGCUCGCAGGCUAGGUGCUCCAGCAUGGCGUUUCUAGGAGGUUGCUGCUCCACUUGUGUGGUUUCAAUCGCUUAAGUCUUUGGCCUUGUGCCUUGAAGUGCCAGCAGAGACAUGCUCUAAUUGCCCGUAAACGCACCUUCUGUCAUAUCAUUGUUUAAUUAUUCCAGCUUCUCACUGCCACGCACUGCUUACUGUCUCUCCUGCUAUCUUUAUUUAAUUGAGUGGAAAAAGUCUGAGACUUGUGCUUCACUCACGUCGCUUUGUAUUUAUCCAGCAUCACUGGAUCCUGCUUUGAAGUGCCGGCUUUUGUAUGCAGAAGUCAGUCUUCUAUACAGAAAAAAUAAUGUCUAUGUCAAAAGCGUAUGUUAGAAAUAGAAUCAAUAUUUUAACAUAUGGUAAACUCUGGCCAUAAAGCUCUUAACACAGUCAAAUGAUUGUAUUAUUAUCCUUUGAAACUUGGCUCUGCCCCUGAGAAACAAGGAAGGGAAAGAAAACUCGAAUAACCAAGCCCUUGUCCUCACAGUGCAGGACUGUUCUCAGUCUGUCGCUUUGUCUGUGCCACUUCUUCCUUUUCUGUCUCCCAGCUCUGUUUUCUUCCACACUGAAUGCAUUCAGCUCCAGGAGCCUUCUUUCCUCAGCCCAUCCCUAUGGAUCUGUUUUAGGGCAGUACCAGAUGUCAGUUCAGUCCCAAGAUUCACCCUACAACAUCCCCAUGGGAGUUCCACCACCGUUUCAGACAGCUCUAAUGCUUCUAUACCAAGCCUUGCAACUAACCAAAUAUUAAUAUGUAGAAAAAAAUAAUCUGAGAUCUCUCCAAUGCUCCCCUUGUCUGUAUGGCCUGUAAAAGACGUGGCAGCUUGUUGGCUGCUUUUCUUUCCUCCCCUUCCCUGUGUCAGUGACAAAUGCACAUUGUUUUUCUGGUCUUCAGUUCAGCUUUCAGUCUCUGAGCCAGAAAAACGCUUUGUGCAGCACCUAGCACACCAGAUCAGUAUCAAGGCAGCUGUGUGCUCCUACACCAACACGAAAUACUAGGGUUGCUGGCACUCACUCUGGCCUAGUUUGCCUCUCUCCUGGCAGGAGUUUGAUGACGUCCUCCUGGAAGAUCACUGUCCAUCUGAACAGAUCUAGCUUUCAGGAUCCUAUUUUAUUUCUUCAUAAAUUGUCAACUGAGAUUUUCAUUUGCAGGUGUGCUCCUUAUAGUGUUCGGCUCCUUGACUGAGCCAGCAUCAUUUUUGGGGUUGUACUUUCCGGCUUCCCAUAACUGUAAGAUUAUUCAUUUCAUACUAUUUUCUGAUUUGUUUUAUUUUUCAUCCGUCUCUUUCCUGCUGGAAAGAGCAAUUUAUAUAAUGAUUUCACUGUGGAAUUGACUUCAAGCUUUACUGCUAUUUGUCACCGUUCAGGAAAUCCAUCCCUGGCUCCAGAAGAACACUCGGUCCCUGCUGACAGUCUGAAAGAGGGAGAGAAAAUAGAUAGCAGAGCUGCAGCUAUUAAGACCAACAGGCACAUAUUUUAUUCCAACUCAGUUUUCCAUUCCCAAAUGCCUUUUGAAGAAAAUCUUUUUUGUUUGAGAGAACAUGAAGGAAGGUUGUGGGUACUGGUGAGUUUUUUUGGGGGGAUGGAGGGUUGUUUUGGUGGUGAUGGUUUGUUGUCGAUGUUGUUUCAUAGGGACUGUCCUGUUCUUGCUCAUCUCCAUCUUCUUCCACUUUUCAGGCAGCAGGCUCACAACAGUGACAGGAUGUCAUCUAAGGAAAGCUGCUGCUGCUUCUGGCCUUGGUUAACCUGUUGGUGAUGGUGCUUGCCUGGGCAUGGGGCAACUGGCUUUUCACACAGCUCAGCAUGGACGUGUUGCCACUCCCAGUAACUUUUAGGACACAGUCAAGUUGUUUUUCCUGAGAUUGCUGUACCCAUUAAUCUUAAGAAAAACAUGUAAUAAAACUGUUCUGCCUUCCUGGGGCCACCACUCCCAGAGACCUUUCCCCCUUUUGGCUUCUGCAGUAGCUUUUUUCCUUUGGCUUUGCAGCUUUAUCAGCUAGAAAUGAUAAACUACAGAAUUGGUUGGCUUCAGGCUCUCUUUUUUGCAGGAUAGGCUAUGCUUGUGCCUAUUGAGGAAUGGAAGAUCAUAAAGGACGAGGGGGAGGUGGAAGGCUGCUCCCUCUUGUACACAGUGCAGGGGCAGGAUACAGCCUUUUAUGAAGUUCAGCAAAGAAAAACUUGGGCUGCACACCGUGCCAUACCAGUCAGCCUGGUACUAAUGUUCCUGGACCUUUGAAGGCAAGAAACGACAUGCAGUGUGAAUGAAAUCUAAGCCUUGCUGCACCAGAGCACUGGUGCCAGCCAACUUUAGAAGUCUGAUGUGAGAGUCAGGUGGAGCAGGUAGCAUGGCAGGAGAUGCCAUGUAUCACCUGCAGGCAUGUAGAUCUGCAGUGCUGCUACAGCAUCCAAGUCCAACCGCAAUGUGUGGCAUGCAAGAAGCUGGUGAACCCAUGGCCACAUUUGACUUGAAUGCACUUUCCUUGGGAGGAAGUGGCUUUUCCCUUGAAAAGCUCAAUUCCCCAGGGUCCCUGGGGAGGUCAGGGGAAAAGUGAUUUCAUCAGAAUAUGUUCAGAAUGCCUUGACAAACUCUUAUCAUCUUGACUAUGGAGUCAAACUUAGGCAAACUUAACCUCUGUAGUUUUAAAGCCACUUUUGUGAGUACCAAACUCCUCCUCCUCCUUGCUUUGAGAGUUAUGCUGUCCCUGGUAGGCACAUUGCUUACUGUGGUUGAGGUGCUGCAGACCCAAGCCGAGAGAAGCUUGUCUACCAGUGCACAGCGUGUCCUUUUGCAUCCUGCUCCAUCCUUUUGGCUUAUCCUGGAAUAGGUUAGCAGGUACCAGAGAAAUGAAAUGAGUCAGGAAAUGUUGGUUUCUUUCUGGAUAGCCUGACUGGGCUGAAAUAAUCAGCAUCUGUUUCAGUUUAAAUGAGUUUUCAUUCCAGCCUUAUUCCCUUUUCAAAGUACAGAAAACUGAAGCCUUUAAUUUGCCCUGUCUUUUACUGUAGAGAAAAUUAGAAGUUUCUGUCAGCUGAUACUAUCCCACCUAGAAAAUCUAUGCUAAAAUAAAAUACAAUGUAUUGUCUAUUAUGAAUGAAAAAGCUCUUGCUGGUUUCUCUCAUUUGUAGUGUUAACUUUGAAAGAUAAAUUGUUUGAACUGGUUGGCUCUCCGAUUGUGUAACUGAAGAUCAGCUUGCUUGGUAGCCUGAUGGAUCUGCAGUUUCCCCUUGCACUAAAUAAGCUGCAGAACUGCCAGCCCUGGGGCAGUUAGGACACAGCACAUACUUGAAAAAAAUUGUCACUUUUACUAGUAAAUCAGAGAAAAUAAUCUCAUGCAUGACAUCCUGGAUGCUACAGGAUUGAUCCAUUUGGAGCACCUCCUGUAGGACCUAGAAUGUGUGUCUGAAACUCACAAACAUACGUAACUGCUAAUGAGUUUAAAGUUGAAGAUGGCAGGCCCAGAACUGUUUUUACGUGGAAGUUUUGCAACCCUAAACCAUGAAGCUUGGUUUUGAGGACACAGGCAUGUGGAACAAACUUCAUCCUUUUUUUUCCUAUGUGUUUGCUUUGUAGAACCAACAACAAGAAGAAGUAGAAAGAAUUCCUUGUCUCUCAAUUGAGCAGACCUGACUGAGCACAGAGAAGGAACAGGGUAAAAAAUAGUAACAUCUUGCUGCACUGUAGUCCCUCAGCAGAGAACCACAUUUUGAGGUUCCCCUUCUUUGUGUCUUUUGUAUUGCAACAGAAGCUUUCGCUCUGGUGGCAGUCUUUCUCUUCAGUGUGGUGGAUCUUGUUGGCCAUUCUGUCCCAGUGCUGGUUCCUAGGAAUUGCCAGUGGUUCUGGAUGUGGAUGUGCAUUCCCCCAGGUACAUUUUCUGUGCCUCAUAUUCUCCCUCUUUCCCCAUUUAGGCUGUGCCAGCUCUUCCAGCCUCCCCACUUCCUGCAUACCUGUGACCAUGGCUGUACAGCCAGGAUUACAUCUAAGGUGAAGACAGAAAAACCAUGAUGAAGGCUUAUGCUAUUUUCAUGAUGGAUAUGAUGCUCAUAAAAAUGAAAAGGUCUGUAUCAGUGAAGAUUUGGGAAGAAAUGGUGCUGCUAGGGGCUGAAAUUGAGCCAGAGCUCAGCUACCCGACAUCCAGUGGAAGUACUAAUACGGAGCGCUUGACCUAAUCUCUAACAGCUGAAUCUCCUGAGACCAGGAUUAGGAAAAGAGUGCCUUCGGAACCAAUAUGUAGCAAAUGGGUAUCGUGCCGCUGAAGCUCCUCCCUUGGUUCAACACUUUCAUGUUUUAAGGAUCCUUGUAGCCACAACAGUGAAUUGCUCUUGUUAACUUCAGAAGUGGAUUUCAUGUGGUGCUUGCUAAGUGUUGAAUCACCAUGAGUAGUAAUCUAGGAAAAGAAAAGGACUGUAAAGAGAAAGAUCCAAAAGUCCCGUCGUCAAAAGAAAGGGAGAAGGAGGCCAAAGCCUCUGGAGGAUUUGGGAAAGAAAGCAAAGAGAAGGAGCCCAAGACCAAAGGGAAAGAUGCCAAAGAUGGAAAGAAAGACUCCAGUAGCACGCAGCCUGGGGUAGCUUUUUCAGUGGACAAUACGAUAAAAAGACCUAAUCCAGCCACAGGUACCCGCAAAAAAUCCAGCAAUGCUGAAGUGAUCAAAGAGCUAAAUAAAUGCCGGGAAGAGAAUUCAAUGCGCUUGGACUUGUCCAAGAGGUCUAUACACAUGCUUCCAUCAGCUGUCAAAGAGUUAACGCAGUUAACAGAACUUUAUUUAUACAGUAACAAACUGCAGUCUCUGCCAGCAGAGGUGGGCUGUCUUGUGAACCUGAUGACACUGGCCCUGAGUGAGAAUUCACUCACCAGUUUGCCUGACUCUCUUGAUAACUUGAAGAAACUGCGCAUGCUUGACCUGCGGCAUAACAAACUGAGAGAGAUUCCUUCGGUGGUGUACAGACUGACUUCUCUCGCCACUCUUUACCUACGCUUUAAUCGUAUAACUACUGUGGAAAAGGAUAUCAAAAACUUGUCAAAGCUCACCAUGCUUAGCAUACGAGAGAACAAAAUCAAGCAACUACCUGCUGAAAUUGGUGAGCUGUGUAACCUCAUAACGCUGGAUGUAGCGCACAAUCAGCUUGAACAUCUUCCAGAAGAGAUUGGAAGUUGCACGCAGAUCACCAACCUUGACUUGCAGCACAAUGAGCUCUUGGACCUGCCAGAAACCAUAGGAAAUCUAUCCAGUUUAAGUCGUCUUGGCCUGAGGUACAAUAGGCUGUCAGCAAUUCCGAAGUCUUUAGCAAAAUGCAGUGAACUUGAUGAACUGAACCUGGAGAACAACAAUAUUUCUACUUUACCAGAGGGUCUUUUAUCCAGCCUUGUCAAGCUGACUAGUUUAACACUGGCCAGGAACUGCUUCCAGUCCUAUCCUGUGGGUGGCCCGUCCCAGUUCUCCACAAUCUACUCUCUCAACAUGGAGCACAACCGCAUCAAUAAAAUCCCCUUUGGAAUUUUCUCUAGAGCUAAAGUAUUAAGUAAGCUGAACAUGAAGGACAAUCAGCUGACCUCUCUCCCCUUGGACUUUGGGACUUGGACUAGUAUGGUAGAACUGAACUUAGCUACUAACCAACUCACAAAGAUCCCUGAGGAUGUGUCUGGGCUUGUUUCUCUUGAGGUUCUUAUAUUGUCAAAUAAUCUCCUAAAAAAACUUCCCCAUGGAAUUGGAAAUCUCCGGAAACUCCGAGAGCUAGACCUAGAGGAAAACAAACUGGAAUCCUUGCCAAAUGAAAUAGCUUACCUCAAGGAUCUGCAGAAAUUGGUUCUGACUAAUAAUCAGUUGACCACCCUUCCCAGAGGUAUCGGUCACCUUACCAAUCUGACUCACCUUGGGCUUGGAGAGAAUCUUCUCACACACCUUCCUGAGGAAAUUGGUACACUGGAGAAUCUGGAAGAACUGUAUUUGAAUGACAACCCCAACCUGCACAGCCUUCCCUUUGAGCUGGCUCUUUGCAGCAAACUGUCAAUAAUGAGUAUUGAGAACUGCCCACUCAGCCACCUUCCGCCUCAGAUUGUUGCAGGAGGACCCUCUUUCAUCAUUCAGUUCCUAAAGAUGCAGGGACCAUACCGUGCCAUGGUCUGAUGCUGAUCGGAUUGUCCAAUACACUGUACAAAAACACAAACUGCAUUAAUGUUUUAAUUGUCUGCGUAUGUAUAUAUAAUAUAAUAUAUGUGGUUUAUAUUAUAUUAUAUAUAUAUAUAAAUAUAUAAAUAAUAUAAAACGGCAAAUUUAAGACUGCAUUAUGUGUUUCUGCUAAUAGAGGAAUCAUAGCCAUUUAGAUUUUUUUUUUUAUCUGUAAAAAUGCUUGUCUAAGUUUUCUUUGCUGAAUUUGAUGGAAGUUGAGUAACCUGGACAUGCCAGUUCAUUUAAAGCAAUUGCCAAUGAACUCAAAUUUAAGGGACAAAGGUAGUUUUGCUUAGAUUUACUUUCAGUUAAGAGAAACAUAUAACCUUUAUAUAAUGAACUUUUCUGUUUAAUCCCUCUUUUUUUUUUUUUUUUUUUUUGUGUGUGUGUGUCAAAACCUGUAAGGGUCACGUGUCCUGAGGUUGGGAUUUUCUUUUAACUUAUUUUGAGAUUUGAAGCAAAUGGUGUUUUUAUAUUGUUUACAGUCAGAGUAAAUCACUGGAUUUUGUUUUAUUUUGAUUUGCUCUGUUUUAAUCAGUCAUAUCUAGAAUUUAUAUGCCUCUGCUGAUGAAUUUUUAUCAACCGGUUUGUAUACUAAAGACAUAUACUCAUCAGAACAACUGGCAGGUGAAAAGGAUGCAGUCAAAAUGAAAGAAAAGGAAAAAGAAAAAAAAAGGAAAAAAAAAAGCUUGAAUUCUUUUAAGUCUUGCUUCCCUGAAUUAUCAGUUGCAGGCAUAACAUAUCUGAACUGAGCCUUUUGCAAUUGGUCUUUUCUAGCACAAGUAAACCUUUUCAGAUUGGUGAAAACACGGAGUGAGAAGCGGUUUUCUUUUUUGUGAAGUAACGACUCCACGAGGUCUAACAGUACAGUUAAGUGGCAAGGAAAUAAUAUAUAUGUACAUUUUUAUUACAGUGUUGAGUCAUAAACUACAACAGGCAAUUUUAAGGAUUCCUUAUAGUCCUUGUACAAUAAAUGAAUGUGUCUUACUUUUGAACACUGCAAUAUAUGUAAGUUUUAAAGUUGGUAACAAUGUACUACGGUUUUAUAUCUUGACUUGCCUUGUACCUCCUUCCAUUAUGGAACUUCUGUGUCCAAGCACAAUAUCUUCACACUGUGCUGUUUUGCUGCUGAACUAAAUGCACUUUUCCCCACAGCUGGGGCACUUGCUUCAAAAUAUUCAGUUCAGUACCUUGAUUAUUCUUUUUUUUUUUUUUUUAACUUCAUCCUAUCUGUUUCAGUAUUAAACCGAUCUGUUAAAAAAGAGGCACCUUUUUCAUUUGUGCAUCGCUGUCGAUAGCUCGAGAGAAACACUGUAAGUAGUAGACAUUCAGUUUUACUGCAACUCCCUUGGUUGCUCACAAGGCAGAAGAUGCUUCAGGGAAAUGGAUGCUGUUGCUGCACUUGCAGGGCCAGUUGCCCUUUUCCAGGAGGGCAGGAGCUCGAGGCGGUUGCAUUCCACGUUUACUAAAGAGCUGUCCAGUUCAUACUUGCUGGAGUUGCUGCUGGGGUAGUGUGGUUUAGAGGACUUUAUCUUUUGAACAAAAUCAAAUCAGCUGAUGCUAUGAGAAAUUUAUUUCAUGCGCAGAAGCUUGGGGGAAUGUUAUUUCUGGCUUUCAGGCAUGCUUACUUACAUGUAUUGCCUUCAUCUAGUUUUGCUUUUUUGUUCUUUUUUUUUCUCCCAACAUUGCAUUCUGCUUUGUCUUAUGUCUUUUCAUUAACAAGGAGUAAGUUUUAAAUGGAAGGCAGGUGGAGAUAUAAAACCUUAGAGGGCUUAAAUGUGCUGUAAAACUAUUGUAGAUGUCACUGGAUUUUACUAAGUAAUAUUCUUUUCUUUCUCACACAAUAACUCUGCCCCCACCUCUUCCCCCCUCCCUGCCUUGUUUCUUUUUUACAUCUACUGUAGCUUUUCAGUUUAGAAUUUAGUUUAUGAAAGGCUGUUUUCUUACAGUUCUGCCUGAAGUUAAUCGUUCUCAGCAUUAAGGUGUUAAAAUAUGAAGAUGCUGUGAUGCAUAAUUUCAAGACUGUAAUCUAACUUUGGAAUAGACUGCUAAACCCACAUUUGUGCCCUCAGGUCACUGGGGGAAAAUGGAUUGAUUAGUACGGUUCUUUGAAACAAAAGUGGCGACCCCUUGUGUUUUCAGGCGUCUUGGUCUCAUUCCUUGUCUGCUCCUCAAUCUCAUUUUUAUAAGAGCUGACAGGAUUAAAUUUGCUUAGUUUGUAAAUACGUCAGUUAUUCACCUUGUUAAGGUACAUGGUUCAUGACUGUAUGAUGGCAGCUCACCCUCUCUCAGAUAAAUUCUUGUGGAUGGGUUGGCUACCGAAAUUUUGCUCGUUACACUUGCUUAAAAACAAAGUAUUCUUUUCAUUACACUUUUAGGGAUAAAUAAAGCUAUGUUUUAAUUCAUUGCUAUAUUAAAAGCAGGAUAUUUUUUCAAACUCUUUGUAUUAGUAUGGUUGUUGCAACGCCAGAUCAUCCCGAGCCCUGUUUUAGAAGUUUAAUUUUAUGCAUUCUGAAGGGAAAAUUUGAAAGUUUCUUUAAAAUUAUCCCAAAGUUUAGAUAUUAAGCAUAUGGAAUGGAUUGGGAGUAGGCACAUAUAAAUCUCCAUAUGUGCACACGUGGAUUUAUAUCCAGAUCCAUUGAUAGAGCCAUACAGAUCCAGCUGUUUCGACCAUAACAGACUUCUACAUUUGCCAGGAUGCUGGCUUGUUAAUGGGUUGGGUUCUAAAUGGCAUUUAAUGCCUGAUGACGUUGGGCACGUGCUGGGUUUAUUUCUACGUGUUUCAAUAUUUUGUUGGGCCUAAUCAAUUAAAAUAUGAACGGAAAUAACUUCAUCCUGGCAAGUGUAUGUAUGCAUACAUACGUGUUAUAUGUAUCUAUGUUUGUGUGAAAACAUUGACAGAGUGGUGAAAUGAACUCCUUAGGGCUUCUUCCAAAGCAGAAUGCAGAAACAGGUCAUCCCCAAAUACUCAUAUUUUUGUCUGCCUUGUCCUACUGUUAUCUCCCAAAUAAUUUACAGGGGUAAAACGUGACAAUCUUUACUUUGGGUGAAAAUAAUGACCUUUGUAUCUAUUUUGAAUGUCUCCCUGCAAUGUACAUAAAAAUAUGUGCAUAUACAUAUGCUCUAUAAAGACACUGUCCUGAAUCAUGCCUUGACAUAGCAGAAGCUGAAUUACUGUACUACAGACUACACCGUGUUACGGAAAUUUGGUCAGGCAUAAAACAGAUUAGGGAUUUCUUAAAUAAGAAAGAGAAGGUUUUAUUGCCAUUAUGACUCAUUUUGGUUGCGUUGCAUUUCAAUUUGCUACAUAGAAAGCUGUUACUCCCUGCAAAAAUGUUUUAAGUUUAGAUAGUAUAAAACCAUUACAGUUCUGUCUCUUCUUGUCCCGUAUUCAACUUCCUAAACACAUUUUCUAGCCUAAACGCAGCAGAAGGGCUGCGCGUACAGCAGGGCCACAGAGCUAUCUGAUGGGCACUUUGUAGUUUGUCAGAUGCUAUUGGAGGCUUCUAAAUUCAUACGCCCCUUUUUGGAAAGAGAUUUAUGCUGUAAAAUAUUUGCUUCAGUGCCUCUUUUUGGUUUAGGUUUUCCCUGCAGUUUGUCCAUCUUUUGCUAAUGUUGUGUGAGAAAGUGCAUGUUCAGACUUCUUGAAGGUCGUGUUUGUACAUGAUUUAGUAAAGUAGUACUCAAACUGUCUGGCUGGUUAGCACUUAAACCCAUUGUAUCACGUGAAAUUCAAGUAUCAUCUCUGAUCCUGGGAGUUGGAAAAAUAGCUUUUAUUUAAAAAUCACAGAGCUUUAUCAGAGCGUUUUUGUUUAUUUUGUUUUGAAUUUAAAUUUCUGAAUCAGUACAGACUUAGCUGGAGAGUCUUCAUAUCUGGAUUCAACUAAGAACUUUCGUAUGGUCAAACCACACCUCAGUUGUAUCCGAUUGGCAUGCUGGGAAUAGCUUCUAAUUAGAUGUGCAGUUGGCAGUAAUUUGCACAACACAAACUUCAAGGCACGGUGAGGACAAUUACAAACAACCGAUAGUAUCUACAAGUGGUUUUUGUUUUUAUGCUGGCGAAGGUCAGAAAACGAUGUUUAAUAUUCUGAUGUUUAGGUCUUAACCAGGACUGCACAGGACUUUUACUGUGGAAAAAUACCAGACCACGCUAACUUUGUGGUUAAAAAGCUAAACAAGAGUGUAAACAGUCUACAAAAAUGUACUUUUAAUCUGAAUUAUUGUAAUGUUGAUUGUUAUGUCUAUAUAAAAGAUUGCCUUGCUUUUUUAUAAGA